CACAGUAAGAAGCGCGAAGUACUUGGUGUCCUAUUAAAUAAAACAUGUCUUUUGCUGACGAUAAUCCGGUUGACUUUGAUAUGGAAAUGUCGGUAAAUGAGGAUUUGUUGGGCGAAGAGCAGGAAGAGACCGACCAAACUAGCUCUGAUCUAGCAGAAAUAACAAACCUGAUCAAAGAAUGCGCUACGCAAUGUCUAAACUAUACGGAAUCUAGUAAUAGAAAACUGAGUGAAUUAAUUACUGCUGAGCAAAACAAUUGCUCAAAAAUAGUGGAAGAUAAAUUUGGAUUGAUGUGUGCGCUUAAUCAACCAGUUAACAUCAAUGUUUCAACGGCCAUGAAAAUAUGCGCUAUGCACAAAGAACAGUUGCAAAAAUUGAACCGUUUGUUCAAGGCAGAGGAUGAAUGUGCACAUGCAUAUGCCACACACUGUACCGAGGCCAUCAAGGCCACUGAAGCGAAUGCCCUCAAAGAGGGAUUCGACGAUUACACCGAAAUGCCUCACGCCAUGUUGGUUGAUCGCAUAUUGGAAAUGAAAAAUCAAAUAGAAACCAUAAAAUCGAAAACUGAAAGUUUGAAAGCUAAGUAUAAGAAGCGUUUGGCGGAACAUCAAGCCGAAUUCAAUUCACUUUUAAAGGAGACAGCUGCUCUUGAGAAAAUUGAAUUAGAGUCAAUGUAAACGGGUUUAACGGUUAUAGUCGGCAAUAAUUUAGAAAUUAAAAUAUUAAUAUACUUGUCUG